AUGAGGCUAGUUCCGCGUGAACUCGACAAAUUAAUACUUAGCCAAGUUGGAUUCUUAGCUCAGAGACGUCUCGCUCGUGGUGUAAAAUUGAACCACACAGAGGCUACCGCCCUCAUAGCUUCACAAUUAAUCGAAUAUAUGAGAGAUGGAACUCAUUCUGUGGCUGACCUAAUGAACUUGGGAAAACAAAUGCUUGGAAGUCGUCAUGUUCAACCGGAUGUUUUGGAAACGUUACACGAAGUUCAAGUCGAAGGUACUUUCCCGGAUGGAACGUAUCUGGUAACGGUACACGAUCCAAUUGCUUCUGAAGAUGGUAACUUGGAACUUGCUCUUUAUGGGAGCUUCUUACCAAUUCCUGAUAAAUCAAAAUUCCCCAUUCACAAAUCUGAAACGACCAAAGAAUCUGCUCCUGGUGCUAUUGUAGUUAAACCAGGUAAGAUUAUAUUAAACGAAGGAAGGCAUCGGGUAGCUGUCAAGGUUACUAAUAGCGGUGAUAGACCUAUUCAGGUUGGCUCGCAUUAUCAUUUCAUCGAGACGAAUCCUGCACUUUCAUUUGAUAGACAUUUAGCUUAUGGUAAGAGACUUGAUAUUACCUCUGGAUCCGCUAUACGAUUCGAACCCGGUGACACAAAAACCGUAACUCUUGUUGAUAUCGGUGGAAAGAAAUAUAUUUCUGGUGGAAAUGAUCUUGCAUGCGGUGUUGUUGAUCCCUCUAAACUUGAUUCUUUCGUUGAAGCUCUUAUCAAUAAAGGCUUUUCACACAGUCCACAAGAUGAUAAAUCCUUAUCAUGUGAUCCUUAUUCCAUUGAUCGAGCUGCUUAUGCCGAUAUUUUUGGUCCAACCGUUGGUGAUCGAUUGAGAUUGGGUAAUACAAAUUUAUGGUUAGAAAUUGAAAAAGAUUACACUAUAUAUGGUGAUGAAUGCAAAUUUGGUGGUGGUAAAGUCUUGAGAGAAGGAAUGGGUCAGUCAACUUCUGUAUCGGAUUCUGAAGCUUUAGAUUUGGUUAUCACGAAUGCUGUUAUUGUUGAUUGGAGUGGAAUUUACAAAGCUGAUAUUGGUAUCAAAAACGGUAUUAUUGCAGGUAUUGGUAAAGCUGGUAAUCCUGAUGUGAUGGAUGGCGUAACUCCUGGCAUGGUCGUUGGUGCUACUACAGAAGCUCUUGCUGGUGAAGGUCAUAUUUUCGUUGCUGGUGCUAUUGAUUGUCAUAUUCACUUUAUUUGUCCGCAAAUCAUUCCGGAGGCGCUUUCAUCAGGUAUCACAACUUUAAUUGGUGGAGGUACUGGUCCAAAUACUGGAACAAAUGCGACAACCUGUACACCUGGAGCGACACAUAUCGAAAUGAUGCUUUCAUCCACGGAUGAUGUUCCAAUGAAUUUCGGUUUUACUGGCAAAGGCAAUGCCUCUGAUCCAGUAGCAUUAAAAGAACAAAUUAAAGCUGGCGUUAUGGGUUUGAAAUUACAUGAAGAUUGGGGUACCACACCGAAAGCUAUUGAUACAUGUUUAAGCGUGUGUGAUGAGUAUGACGUACCGUCUAUUGCUGCCUUUAAAAAUCGUACUAUUCAUGCUUACCAUUCCGAAGGCGCGGGAGGUGGUCAUGCUCCUGAUAUUAUUCGUGUUUGUGGAGAACCUAAUGUUAUUCCAUCUUCAACAAAUCCUACGCGUCCUUAUACUGCAAAUACGCUUGAUGAACAUGUUGACAUGUUGAUGGUUUGUCAUCAUUUAGACAGGAACAUUUCUGAAGAUAUUGCAUUUGCUGAAUCUCGCAUUAGAGCUGAAACUAUUGCAGCGGAAGAUAUAUUGCAUGAUAUGGGUGCGAUCAGUAUUAUUAGUUCUGACUCUCAAGCUAUGGGCAGAGUAGGUGAAGUUGUGCUUAGAACCUGGAAAACUGCCCAUAAAAUGAAAUUACAAAGAGGAAGACUAGGCACCGAUGAGGAUGGUCCAGCUGAUAAUUUCAGGAUAAAGCGUUAUGUUGCGAAAUAUACCAUUAAUCCAGCAAUAACUAACGGCAUAAGUCACCUGGUUGGUUCCAUUGAAAAAGGAAAAGUCGCCGAUCUUGUUAUGUACUCUCCGGCCUUCUUUGGUACAAAACCCGAAAUUGUAAUCAAAUCUGGAAUAAUUGUUUGGUCACAAAUGGGUGAUGCGAACGCUUCAAUUCCAACCACACAACCUGUUAUUUCAAGACCAAUGUUCGGUGCUUAUUCUGGUGCUGCUUCAAAGAAUUCUAUCGUAUUCGUAAGCAGUGCUUCAAUAUAUAGGGUGCAAAAAUAUGGUCUUAAAAAGAAGAUUCAAACUGUAAAGAAUUGUAGAAAAAUUGGAAAGAAGGAUAUGAAAUUGAACGAUUCUUUACCGAAGAUUGAGGUUGAUCCUGAGACUUACAUUGUGAAAGCUGAUGGUGUGGUUUUAGAAUGUGAACCUGCUAAAGAGUUACCAUUAACUCAGACAGUUUAUUUAUUCUAA